UGUCCGCGUCCCCCGCGUGCGCGUGCCACACCCAACGGCCGCGCGGGGCGAGAGCGAGCCGCGGCCGCCGCCCGGGCCCCAGGGCGAUCGCGGGAUCCGGGGGCCCCGCGCGGCCCGCCCGCCGGCCUUUCCCGCUCGUCUCCCUCCCCGCCGCGCGCCCGCAGAUCCUUUUCCUGCCCCGGCGACGGGUUCCAGCUUGGUCCGGCCGGGAGGAGGCUUUAUUUAGCAGCGGGGGCGACACGAAAUCCCCAGGAGGUUUUGGGCUCGGGAAGCAGAGGUGCUGCUCCCGGUUUUACAGGGAGUAAAGGGGGACCAGCCAAGGCACGGAUAAGUGGAAGUAAUAAUUGCUGUUUGUCCUGAGCCCACGCUGUGUGCCAGGGGCCUUGCAGAGCAACUUGCGUGGCUCUCCUGUGCCCCCACAACGGUCCGGAGAGGUAGGUGCAGCGACUUGGCUUUUUGCAGUGGUUGCGGAAACGUGGUCAGAGGCACGGCGACGGUUGAAUUGACCAAAGCAAUGGUUAUGGAGAAGCCUAGUCCCCUGCUGGUCGGGCGGGAAUUUGUGAGACAGUAUUACACGCUGCUGAACCAGGCCCCAGACAUGCUACACAGGUUUUAUGGAAAGAACUCUUCUUAUGUCCAUGGGGGAUUGGAUUCAAAUGGAAAGCCAGCAGAUGCUGUCUAUGGACAGAAAGAGAUCCAUAGGAAAGUGAUGUCACAAAACUUUACCAAUUGCCACACUAAGAUUCGCCAUGUUGAUGCGCAUGCCACUCUGAAUGAUGGUGUAGUGGUCCAGGUGAUGGGCUUGCUCUCUAAUAACAACCAGGCUUUGAGGAGAUUCAUGCAGACAUUUGUCCUUGCUCCUGAGGGCUCUGUUGCAAAUAAAUUCUACGUUCACAAUGAUAUCUUCAGAUACCAAGAUGAGGUCUUUGGUGGCUUUGUAACUGAGCCUCAGGAGGAAUCUGAGGAAGAGGUAGAGGAGCCUGAAGAAAGACAGCAGACACCUGAGGUGGUACCCGAUGAUUCUGGAACUUUCUAUGAUCAGACUGUCAGCAAUGACUUAGAAGAACAUUUAGAGGAACCUGUUGCUGAACCAGAGCCAGAUCCUGAACCAGAACAAGAACAAGAACCUGUUUCUGAAAUCCAAGAGGAAAAGUCUGAGCCAGCACUGGAAGAAACUGCUCCGGAGGAUGUGCAGAAGAGUUCUUCCCCAGCACCUACGGACAUAACUCAGACAGUACAGGAAGACUUGAGGACAUUUUCUUGGGCAUCUGUGACCAGUAAGAACCUUCCACCCAGUGGAGCUGUUCCAGUUACUGGGAUACCACCUCAUGUUGUUAAAGUACCAGCUUCACAGCCUCGUCCGGAGUCUAAGCCUGAGUCUCAGAUUCCACCGCAGAGACCUCAGAGGGAUCAAAGAGUGCGAGAACAACGAAUAAAUAUUCCUCCCCAGAGGGGACCUAGACCAAUCCGUGAAGCUGGUGAGCAAGGUGAUGUUGAGCCCCGAAGAAUUGUGAGACACCCUGAUAGUCACCAACUUUUCAUUGGCAAUCUACCACAUGAAGUAGACAAAUCGGAGCUUAAAGAUUUUUUUCAAAGUUAUGGGAAUGUGGUGGAGCUACGCAUUAACAGUGGCGGGAAAUUACCCAAUUUUGGUUUUGUUGUGUUUGAUGACUCUGAGCCUGUUCAGAAGGUCCUUAGCAACAGGCCCAUCAUGUUCAGAGGUGAGGUCCGUCUGAAUGUGGAGGAGAAGAAGACCCGAGCUGCCCGGGAAGGGGACCGUCGAGAUAACCGCCUGCGGGGACCUGGAGGCCCUCGAGGUGGGCUGGGUGGUGGAAUGAGAGGCCCUCCCCGUGGAGGCAUGGUGCAGAAACCAGGAUUUGGAGUGGGAAGGGGAAUUGCUCCAAGGCAGUGAAUUGCUCUUCAUUGAUCUUCACGCAGCAGUACAAAUCUUCUAGCUCCUGCAGAAUGGUGAAUUUCUUACUACACCAGCGUUUGGUAUCCUGGAGUUUGACCCAAGUCUAUUAUAAACUGCUUAAGUUUGUACAAUUUUACUUUUUGUGUUAAUGAUGUGUGCUCCCUCUCCUGCCCUUCCCUCUUCCUCACCUUUUAGUCCUUCACUUCCAAUUUUGUGGAAUGAUAUUUUAGGAAAAACAGAUUUUUAAAGAAGAGAAAAAGACUGAAUUUCCUUGCUUUACUUUGCAUAUACAGACUGGAUUUUUUUUUUAACAGCCGUUUCCCCAAAGGAAUGUGUCUUGCUUAUUACUGACAUUUGGUAUGUUUCAUUCAUUGGAAUAUUUCUUAUUUUCUAUGUGUUUCAGAAGCCUGUGAGAAACACAGGUUUUGAUAAACAUUUUGAAGGCAGGAAAAAUCCAAAUUGUUUCUUCUUUGAGAGUCACAACUACCUUCUGGUGUGUAGAAAUUGCCAUUAGAAAAAUUGACAGUUUUGAUUCUUGCUGGUAUGGUUAAAAACUGAAUAAAAGGUGUUAGUAGAAUAUUUUUUUUCUUUUGAUAUGUGAUCACAAAACAAUUAUAAGCCUACUGUUUUUACCAUUUAAAUUGUGGGAUAGGUUUUAAAUGUCUAGAAUGCAACUGAUUUAGAUUUCUUUUGAAGUAGAGUGUUUUUCAUGUUUAAUUUGUAUUUGUAAAAAAAGAAAAAAAAAAACCCAAAAAAGAAACCCCAAAAUCCAAAUAACACAAAACCAGAGCAAAACUGUUGUGCCUUCAUUUAUCUUUGAUUCCAGCCUUGGCAGUUGUUUAAAGAAAAAUUAAAAAAAAAAAAAAAGUCUAGAUUUGUUUUAUCAGGUGUAGAGUAUGUUGGGGAUUGAAGAAUCCCUCUUUCACCUGGUAUAUGUUCUGUUCAUUUGUUAUGCCUUAUUUUUAAAAUUGAGUUUCAAACUGGAAUGCCUUUAAAGGACAGAUAUGCUUCUAUAGAGGUCCUUUGACCUAAAUAGUCCACCAUUUGUAUUAAGUUUUAUUUCGGUAUCUAUUCAGAAUCCUAAUCAUAGCCCAUAAAAAGGAAUAUGACUUUAAUAUUGGACUUUGUGGUUGAGUGCCCGUUUUUUUUCUUUAAAUCAUAGCCAUAUGGUAAAUUUUCUAUUUUGUUAAUGGUUAUCUUUUAUUGAUGGGCAUGCAGUGGGUGUUUCUUGGAAAUGGCCAAUUUUUAUUAAAAUAUUUCUGGAAGAAAAUUUAACCUGGCAAUAUAGACUAAUAUUCGUUUUACAUAGUAUGUUAAUUUUUUGAGUGCUGUGUGUGAGGUGGGUGAAGGUUUUGUUUACACAUUUGUGAAGCAAGCCUUUGUGUGAUAACUUGUCAUACUAAUUGAAGGACAACGAGGUUGUCAAAUUUAACUUAUUUAUUUUCUUAACAGUUUCUUAACAGUGUUCAUCAUUAGGACUGUUUGAGGAUAGUAUAUGAGUAGGAAUAGGAAUGUUUGUUUUGCUGUUACUGGGAAACUCUAGGUUUGCUGAAGGGUGUAGUCUUAAACUAAGAUGAAGUUUGAUAUUAUCAGUCCUCAGUACCUAAAAUAUUUGAAAAUUGGCAACAUCUCCUUCAUAAAGACUUCUAUAACUGAGUCACAUGGCUGUUUUUGGGUCAGCUUAAAUAACUAUUUGGUAACCACUUCAUUUGGCCCAGGCCAGUGAUAAUUGGAAGACAUUCAGCUUGUACUUUUGUAGCUUAUAUUAAGCCUGUGGUGGAAAUAAAAAAAAAAACUUAGCUGGAGUUGUUUUUGAAAAAAAAAUACUAAGUUUUAGUAACUCUAAGGGUCAUAAAUUAUGGAUAACCUAGAAAUCAUUUUUCACAAGUAAAUCUUAAUCCAUACAUUUCACUAGGCAUUUUUUCCUACUGAGUAGUUAAAGGGCACCACCUAGAUGCAGUGAUACUCAGCCCAGACUGUUAAUACAUCCUAGAGGACACUUGGAAAUGGGUGAGAUUUGGGGAGGAGGGAAGAGGAGUCCUACAUUUGGCAUUUAGUGGGUGGGGCCAACAAUGCCAAAUGUUUCACAGAAAUAAAGCAAACUCCAUUGAGAUCAUGGGUAUUUCUCAUUCCCUAUAAUACAUGGAGGAUGGAGGGGUGGAUGGGGACAACUGGAGUAAAGACUCAAUUCUAUGAAAAAUAGCCUCAGAUAAAUGAAUUAGCAAAUAGAAAUCUCUUUCAGGAAUUAAAGUAACAUCUGCAGGGAAUUGAUAAUCUCAUUUUCCUUUAUUUGUACCCACGUGGUUUUUAAAGAAAUAUUUGAAGAGGUAAUAACAAUAUGCUAGUUGCUUCUUGUAACUUGUUGCCUAAGCUUAGAAAACACAGGGUUGCUUCAAAUAAUUUCAAGCCAUCAGCAUGGGAUGAUUGUGGAGUUGUAAAUAGCAUUGGACUUUAUAUGUCAGAUUAAGCAUCAUGGUUAACACUGUGAAGAAUCCUAGUAUCAUUGUUUACAUUAUUGCCGAUAGAAUAAACAUGAUACCCUAGAUAACUGUGUAUUCACACAUGGAGAAAGUGAAAACGGGUUAGAGCAAGAUUUUUUAUAGGCAGCGUCAGCUCAUCACAUUCAGCCUUUUCAGGAUUUUAAAAUACAACUCUCUGUCUGUAAGAAUGACCCAAUGUGCAGUUACUUUCUGCUGAGUUUUACACCCUUCACCCAUGAGUAUUUUAGCUAAGUAAGAUUAGUUUGGGUCAAUGGGUCUUCAUCUUUUAAGAUCUUGGGCCUUAAUAAAACAAUUUGUUUUCUUUUGUGGUGAGGUUGGGCUUUACUUGUCUAUUCCUGUGUUCUCAACUUUGGAGCUAUUGCUGGGAACAGUGAAAUGGGUAAUCCAAAAAUCACUAAAUGGCUUUGGGUGGUGGGUAGGUUACUACCACAGUAUUGGUUGAACUGUGCUUUGGUUUUAGGUUGGAAAACUAAUUUUCACAAUUACCCUGUGGAUUAGGUGCUAUUUUUUUCCCCAAAGUAAUAGGUGAGGAAAUUGCAUCAGAACAGUUAAAUUUUAGGCCUUGAAGUGAUCCAUGUAGCAAGGAGCAGAUUGGUCUCCAAAAUUGAUGCUUUUUCUCUAGAACCCUAAUGUGUACCUAUUUAUGUUUGAGUGAUAAUACUGAAGAAUAGGACACGAUCAUAAUAAGUUAAUACAGUACAGAGACCGGAGGCUGUAAAACAUUCAGAGGCAGGUUAAUAUUACUCUUCUCCAUUUCCUUUAAGGUAAACAAGAUAAGGAAACAAUGGAUUUUGCAGGGCUCCUUUUGAUUUGUAUAGAUGGUGGUAACACAGUAACAAUGACUUGUUCUUAGGUUAUUUUCUCGUGUUUUAAUACGUGUAGUACAACCUUGAAAUCUGGAUGCAGAAGGUAACAAUAUUUUUAUAAUAUCUUAAUCCAGGUGGAUUUAUAGCAGUUGUGUUUUGUUCUUAUAACUGCCAUCCUUGAUACUUUUUUCAUCCCUUUAUUUGAAAACCCUUGUAGAGUUUAAUAGUUUAGUGGGAAACGUGGCACUUUAUAGAAAACAAAAUCUAUAUGGAAAUAAUCUUUCUAUGAUGUUUAAAUUUAUAGACCAUUGUUUAUGCUGAGUGGCUUGUUCCUUUUAAGUAAAUAGUUGCAUUUGUCAAAUCUACUGAUCUACAGAUAACUUGAAGUUUCAUUUUCAUGCAACUUAAAAGAAUUUCUGCAGGAACUGCAUACAAAUGAGAUGACUUUGUAAUUUUGAACCUUGUAAAAAAGAUAACUUCAACAUUUAUUUGAAUAUGGGAUUCCAGAUAACUGCCUAAUAUACCACAGAUGGGUGGUGGACGAUUAGAGUCUUCUGCAAAUGUUUUAGAAAUCUUAAAGAAUGUGUUAGAAAUUUAGCAACAUUUUGUGUGGGAAGUUGCUGAUCAAGUAAAGGCCACAUGGCACUAGAUCAGUAAAGAUUUCUGGUUUUAAGGUAGUAAUACCUUUGGGAUUUGUAUUUGUUGACCGUGAUAUCGAGGUUCUGGGGACCAUAGGUAGGCUUAUGAACUCUUACAAGACUAUAUUAAAGGAGAAAUGGUAGCAUAUGUGAGCGAAAACUUACUUAGUGAAUAUGUAGCUCAGGUUAAUGCUGAAAUUAGUCUGAUUUGCUCAUGCUUUAUGAAACUCUCUCAUUAUAGCCUGAAUGAGUAAAAAGUUGAUUAGCAGUGGUCUAAAAAACCCAUGGUUUUGGUUUUGGUUAUAUUUAUAUAUUGGCUUAGAAUUAAGCUUGUUCACUUUCUGAUCAUAUGACUUGCCUUGAAAACCUUGGACAGUCUCUGCUUCUCCAGUUUCCACUUGAACCUGGUAGUCUUUUGUUUGUUUUGUUUUGUAUUGUUUUUAAGUUCCCUACAAGAGGAACAUAGUAUGGGAAAUCAGUUUCAUAGUUACUUCCAUAGACCAUGUGACCUGGCUAGUUACAGAAAGCUGUACAUGUUGAGUACUUCAGAAUAUGGCCAAUGUCAGAUUCCUAAGGGAUUUAUAGCCAUCUAGUGUGUCUUCAUCUUUUCAAAAAGCAAAUUAAGGGAUGUUUACCAAAAAUUCACUAUUGACUUUAGUAAGUAUUUAUUUUUCAGAAACCUGCUUAUGGGAUGUUUGCCUAUAUUUCUGGUAGUAAUUAGAGAGAUGGUUUUAUCUCUUAAUCUGGAUGUAGGCAGUUUUAACUAUUGCUAUAAUUAACUACCUUAGUUACUGAUUUUCCCCCCAAGCUUUGAUGUCACCUGUUGGACUUUGGAUAUGGUAUAAAUUCUUAAAUGUUUUUAUGAAGUGUGUAUACACUGAUUUGGCUCUUUUAAAUGAAGACAGUAUACCAAAAAACUGGCAUAAAGUAGUUAGGGGAGAAGAUUCUUUAAAGAUUCAGUGUAUGCUUAAGUAGAUUAUGUAGAACACAUCAUGUUACAAAUAAGUUUAUAUAGGUAGAUGUUAGAUUUUGAAGAAUGGGUGGAGGUGGAACUUGGCUGAUGGGGGAACAAUCGUUUGUGAUUCAUAUGGGAAAAAAUCAUAAUUCUAAGUGAGGAACAUCAGAUAUUUAAAGUUUUUCUUCCCAUUCUGAUUAUUAACCAUAAGGGGCAGGAGAGACUCGUAGAAUUCUUCGAAUCCUAGAAUGUUAGUGCUGGAAAGGAAUAAAGAAUUUUGUACAUGCACUUCAUUUUUCAAAAGAUCGAUGGCUCAGAGAAUGGCUUAUUAGCACAGAGUCCCAAAUUGGCUUGUAGAAGUAACA